AAUGGAAAACGAGUGCAACGAACCACCGCUCCCCCAAGAAAUAUUCGACCUGAUCAUAGACCAGAUUUCCCUUAGGAUAACCGCUGCGUCCACAGCCGUCGACCGACGGGCGCUCGUUAACUGUUCUCUCGUCUCGCGUAACUUCCGCGUCAGGAGUCUGAGACACAUCUUCUCCCGCGUGCUCAUCGAGGCCGAUGCAUGGCCACCAGUGCAGGACACCUCACCGACCAUCAAGCGCUGGAACGACUUCCUCGAUAUUGUAGGCACCAACCCUGCGAUCGCUACUAUGGUGCAGACCCUCACGAUUCGGAGUCUAUCCAGCAACUGCGUCGAGGAGCAACCUGCCUGGAUCUGGACAAUCCCACCCCUCCCCCGUGUUUUGCGGUCCCUCACACAUAUUCAGACGUUCUCUCUGGAUGAAAGUGGGCUGGAGUGGAACACGUUGCCUCUAGGUGUUGCAUCUGCGCUGGUCGAAUGCAUUUCCUGUCCCUUGUUGCGCACUUUGAAGAUGAAGGAGGUCUGCGCCUUCCCCCCUCGUGCACUCCUCGGCUGCAAGUCUCUAACAUCCCUGGGGUUAAGUCGGAUUUCAUGGGAUGACCCCUCCACCUAUAUCCAGUGUUCGGAGCUGCGUGACUUUCGAGUGUCAUUUGUGGAAGACAUGGAGCGGGAAGAUGUCGUUAGAGCAUGGAGAAUCAUAUCGCAGGCACCCGAAACGCUGGAAAGAUUGGGGAUGAAGCUACCUCCCUGUGAUGACGAAGUUUGGGAAGGUGUAUUCGACCUCAGCUGUAUGCGCUCCCUCCGCGAAGCCAUUCUCUAUUGCACUCUCGACCGAACGCCUCAAUUUCCCGUCUUUUUACUGCAUCUUUUUCGACUCGAACGAUGCCAGAGUUACAUAGGCAAACUCGAUAUCAUCGUAGUCUGGGAACGGCGCCACUUGGGGAAUGAAAAGGCCCUCUUCGAACCUGGUAUUGGAUGGGAUUCGCUGGAUGGGAUCCUGGCAGACGACGUCAUGUACCCGUGUUUGAAGCUUAUCAAGUUCGGAUUCCUCUUCGCUCUUGAGCCAUCUUAUUGUGCCCCCUCGCAGGUAGCACAACAGACUCGAGCGCUACUCGAUGAUCUCUUCCCUCGGGUUCGGGCUCGGAACGUUGCGGUAGAAUAUGUGGUCCUUCCAUACUUUGUUAUGUA